CCAACUGCCAUUAAACAGAAAGAGGAAGAAGAAACAGCUGCUGGGUUGAGCAAAGCCGAUUGAAUUGGCUUGCAGUUAUACUAUGACUUUGGUAUAGAGAAUUCUAUAUAAUGGAAAUACAAUAUGCAUGGAUAAAAUGGAGCAUUAUGGACAUUUUUACUUCAUCGGACGUAUCUACUAAAGGUACUGGCACCUUUCCUGCAAUGGAGAUGAGAGCAUAGUCAAGAAACGGAGAUGAAAAGUGUGACUCCUUUUCUGUUGUCAUCCUUCACUGUGUAAGACUCUCAAACAAUUACUUUAAAGAAAGGAAGAUAGUCUUCUGGCUUAUAGGAAAGGGGUGAGACAAAGAGAAAGCAUCUCAAACUUUAAGCUAUUCUUUGUAAAGCAGAGAAAAUGGCUUUCUUGGACAAUCCUGCCAUUAUUCUGGCUCACAUCCGACAGUCUCAUGUGACCAGUGAUGAUACAGGAAUGUGUGAGAUGGUACUAAUUGACCAGGAUGUAGAUUUGGAGAAGUGCCAACUUUCUCUGGUGCCUGGAAGCAGCUGUGGGUCAACUGGAUCGGGCACCCUGAGUGAGGGGGGCAGCAGCGUGACAGAUAAUCAUGCCUGUGACCUCUCCCAGUCGAUGGACAUCACCUCCAGCUGGGACUUUGGCAUCCGUCGGCGCUCUAACACAGCUCAAAGGCUUGAAAGACUAAGGAAAGAACGGCAGAACCAAUUCAAAUGUAAAAACAUCCAGUGGAAAGAGAGGACAUCCUCCCAGUCAGUGGAGGAUCUGGGAUCUCUGUUUGAAAAACGUGACUUUAAAGACAGGCCACGGAUAGCUGGUACAAAAUCAACCCUUUCACUGCGGCUGGAGCAAUGUCCCCAGCAGCUCAACAACCCCUUCAAUGAAUACUCCAAAUUUGAUGGCAAGGGUCACAUUGGCACAACAGCUACAAAAAAGAUCGAUGUCUACCUCUCAAUGCAGAUGGCACAGGAGAAAGUACAUCCUAUGACAGUAGUGACCAUUGCCAACGCCCGUGUUCAUGACCUUAUUGGGCUUAUCUGUUGGCAGUACACUAGCGAGGGAAGAGAACCCAAACUCAAUGAGAAUGUGAAUGCCUACUGUCUCCACAUUGCUGAGGAUGAUGGUGAGGUGGACACUGACUUCCCUCCUCUGGACUCCAAUGAACCAAUCCACAAGUUUGGUUUUAGCACUCUCGCCUUGGUGGAGAAAUACUCCUCGCCUGGCCUUGCCUCCAGGCAGUCACUGUUUGUCAGAAUAAAUGCUGCUCAUGGUUUCUCUCUCAUCCCUGUGGACAGUCUAAAGGUAACAAUGAGGGAAAUUCUCCAGAAAGCACUGAAGAAAAGAAAAGGCUCACAGAAAGGCUCAGGGCCAAUGUAUCGUUUGGAGAAGCAGACAGAGCCGAACGUUGCUGUCGAUCUGGAUUCAACGCUAGAGAGCCAGAGCACCCUGGAGUUUUGCCUGGUCAGAGAAAACAGCUCCAGAGGUGAGGAGAGCUCUGAGGAAGAUCCUCCUAUUGACAUCACCACAGUUCAAGACAUGCUGAGCAGUCACCACUAUAAGUCCUUCAAGAUCAGCAUGAUUCACAAGCUGCGUUUCACCACAGAUGUCCAGCUAGGCAUUUCAGGAGAAAAGGUGGAGAUUGAUCCUGUCACCAAUCAGAAGGCAAGCACUAAGUUCUGGAUUCGGCAGAAACCCAUCUCUAUUGACUCAGACCAUCUCUGUGCCUGCGACCUUGUAGAGGAGAGAAGCCCCAGUCAUGCAAUAUUUAAGCUCACUUAUCUCAGCAACCAUGACUACAAGCCCCUCUACUUUGAGUCUGAUGCUGCUACUGUCAAUGAAAUAGUGCUAAAGGUCAACUACAUCCUGGAGUCCCGGGCCAGCACCUCUCGUGCUGAUUACUUUGCCCAGAAGCAACGGAAACUGAGCCGACGAACCAGCUUUAGUUUCCAGAAGGAGAAGAAGACUGGCCAAUAGACAGACUAAAACAGCUCCACCAGUUGUCUGUUGCUUUAUGCUUGCACAGGGACACAUGUACAAGGCCUAACAAUCUUAUACCCAAACUAGAACUCACACUCCUACAAAUGGAGAAUGACAGAAAUGCCAGAGAAUAUCAGAGAAAGAGAGUUACAGGCAGAAAAUGGACAAGGAAGACAUGUCUCUGUUUCAGCUGGCACCUUCACAAGAGAAAAUAUUUCUCAAGCAAAAGCUUUAAGAAGUUGAUGAUGUAGACCCAACGAAAAAAGCUGCAUACUAAGACUUUGCCUCUGUCCUCCCUAUGUAAUACAUUUAACAUGAUCUGAAAACACAGAUCUUGUUACACGUCUUUUUAACCAUUUUCAUAUUUAGACUGGGGAUAUUCAUUUUCUAUUCAGCAAAAUAAAAUUGUUUUAGUCUAAAAAUACAUUGGCCUCGAAAUAUAUACACAGGCAUUAAUCUAUUAGGUAGAUGCAUGCCCUAAACAAGUGCAGUCUAGAAUAACCGUAUCAGACAAGGUGGGAUUGAAGAUGAGAAUCGAUACAGGAUGUCCUUCUGCUAAAGCUAUGUAAUUUGACAACUUCAACAAUCUAAAGCAACUGUUAGAAAGCAGUGUCAUUGCAGGAAUGAAUCAAGUUGUUUAAGUCAGCAGAGAGUUUAAGCUUCAUGUACCUAGUCACCUGUGUAUUAAUUAUUAUUAUAAGGUAUUAUAUUAUUAUUUUUAUUUUAAGUAGUUUUCCAGAAUUGUGAGACUGUUUUAGGAUUUUAGGCAAAAAUAUGCUUCAUUUGAAAGCACUGAAGAGCAGAAGUGUAGAGAAAUUAUAAAAAUGUGUUUUCGUGGAUAAAUCAUUACCCAGUGCACAGUAGAGUUUUCAGUGUAAGUUGUCUUUAUUCUUUAUUUCUGCUCAGAGCUGACAUUGACUGCAGAAAACAUGGCUGUAAAGUGAAACGAGGCUUUGAGUCUGGUAUGACAUCUUGGUGUUAUUGUGAAGAUAGAAAAACCACGCAAGGCCAUGGCAUGGGAGCUGAGGUCUGUUCUACUCUUGUAGAAGACCCUUGUGCAAUAUGUGGAAACACCAGCCAUUCAGAACCUCAAACAAAAGUCUUAUAAAGCCGUAAUGGCAGGGGUGUCCAAACUUUUUUCAAAGAGGGCCAGAUUUGAUGAGGUCAACAUCUGUGAGAGCCAACUCUUCUGCCCGACCUUCUUUGAACCAUUAAAAUCAAAGGCAACUUGGCUAUUUAUGGAAAAUUCAUUGUGAAUGACACAUUUUUCAUUUUGUACAUGUUCAAAAUGAAAUGUUUCCAUAAACUUGAAGAGGAGGGAUCUGAGAGUACAGUGGACAGAUUAGCACUUCUCUCUGUGUAAAGAGACAUCCCGCCAUUAAGAGUGUAAGGUCAGCGUAAGCCAAAGCAUGUUGGUGAAGAGAGGUUUUUUCCUGAAAAGUUUCUGACUUCUUAUUAAUAAAUGCAGUUUAUGUAAAUCUCAACAGGUCUUACCAAAAUCACUCUGUUUUUAAUAUCCAAAGGCCAAAUAAAAUGAAAUGAACAGAGGAAAAACAAA